GCUCCUCCCUCACUCCUCAAUGGCUUUCAUCGAUCUCCAUUUCCUCAUGUUGGCCUUCCUCCUUUUUUUUGCUAUGUACUGCAUCUUCUGGAAAGGAGUAGUCCUCGCCGGCCGCCGGAAAAAGCUCCCGCUGCCGCCGGGCUCCAUGGGGUGGCCUUUCGUGGGGGAGACGUUCCAGCUCUACUCCAACAGCAACCCCAACGCCUUCUUCGUGCUCAAGCAGAGGAAGUACGGGGCGGUAUUUAAGACCCACAUCCUGGGCUGCCCCUGCGUCAUGGUGUCGAGCCCGGAGGCGGCCAAGUUCGUGCUGGUGACGCAGGCGCACCGGUUCAAGCCCAAGUUCCCGGCGAGCAAGGAGCGCAUGAUCGGCCCCCGGGCGAUCUUCUUCCAGCAGGGCGACUGCCACGCCCAUCUCCGCCGGCUUCUUCUUCGUUCCUUCCUCCCCGACUCCAUCCGCCGCUCUGUCGCCGGCAUCGAGGCCGUCGCCCUCCGCGCCCUCCGGUCCUGGGACGGCCAAUUGGUCAACACCUUCCAAGAACUAAAGACGUACGCGUUCAAUGUGGCAAUCCUGUCCAUCUUUGGCAACGACGUGGCCGCCGCCGCCGAGGAUCUGAAGCAAUGCUACUGCAAGCUCGAGAAGGGCUACAACUCGAUGCCCAUCAACCUACCGGGGACGCUCUUCCACAAGGCCAUGAAGGCCAGGAACCAGCUCGCCCGCAUCGUCGCCGGCAUCAUCUCCUCCAGAAGGCUGCAGAGCAAGAACACAGCCCCAAACGACCUCCUCGGCUCUCUCAUGGAAGCCAAAGAAGGCCUCUCCGACGACCAGAUCGCCGACAACGUCAUCGGCGUCAUCUUCGCCGCCAGGGACACCACCGCCAGCGUCCUCACUUGGAUCAUCAAGUACCUCGGAGACAAUCCCAGCAUCCUGCAAGCAGUCACUGAAGAACAAGAGGAGAUCACGAAGAGCAAACCAGAGGAGGACAAGGGCCUUUCUUGGGCCGACACCAAGAAGAUGCCUCUGACCACGAGGGUGAUCCAGGAGACAAUGAGGGUGGCCUCCAUCUUGUCCUUCACUUUUAGAGAAGCUGUGGAAGACGUUGAGUACCAAGGGUACCUUAUUCCCAAGGGAUGGAAGGUGCUGCCGCUCUUCAGGAACAUCCAUCACAGCCCAGAAAACUUCACCGACCCAGAAAAGUUCGACCCUUCCAGAUUCGAGGUCCCCCCGAAGCCGAACACCUUCAUGCCCUUUGGAAACGGCAGUCACUCCUGCCCCGGGAAUGAGCUCGCAAAGCUGGAGAUGCUGGUGCUCCUCCAUCACCUGACCACCAAAUACAGAUGGUCAGCGGCGAGGCCAGAGAGUGGGAUACAGUUCGGGCCCUUUGUGCUGCCCAUGAACGGUUUGCCCCUCAGAUUCUCUCUCAAGUCAUGACUCCCUUGAUUGCAGUGGCCGGCCAUUGCAUUCAUAAGCGGAUGCAAGUAUUGCAAGGAAGGAGGGGAGAGAGUUGUUGCAGUAAUGGCAAAUAGGAAGAAGAUUAGUCAACUUGCUUGAUGCGCGCGGCAGCUUGUGUAUGUGUGAAAGAUAUUGUUUUUCACUUUUACCAAGUUGAAUAGAUAAUUAGAUUCUAGCUUCAUGCUUCAAUCAAAGAAUUGAAAUUAUCCAAAGGUCAACGGUUGCUUGAUCUAAGUUAAAUGAUUCGAGGGCUCCAGUUUUCUCUA